GCUUUAUUUACAGAAAUUACUGCCACAAGAGGAGAGUUCAUUGGUGCAAAAUGAACCAACAACAAGCAGUGUCCACUCAGCCCAUUCAUAUCUACCCAAGUCUUCUAUUCAGACUAAAUCUGUACAUAAAACGGAGUUUGGACAAUUUGUAUCAAAAACGCCGCCCGUAAACCUAACACAUUCCAAUCCCACUUCGGAUCUUCACUGCACGAUGUUUUCUUGUUUUAAUUGUUCACGUUGCCCCCUCUUAGGCGAUUUCUUCAUAUAUCUUUAUGAUCUUGCAGUAACUUCAGAAACAAAUCACUUAACAACGACAUGGCUAAGACAAAUUUUGAAUAAAAACAAUUUGCUUACCACUAAUCCUGAGAAAGCUUGCAUAUUUCUCGCCCUUUUCGGGAAAGUCAGUUAUAAUGAUAGUAUUGAGUAAGUUAGAUAAUCUUACUACCUAUAAUGUUCAAAAGUGUUUUGAAUUUGCCCUUUCUAAAAAGUUGUAUACCAUUUCAGGUCGGAAAUAUUUUAUUUCAAUGAAACAAGAGUUAAAAUGUUGCCAUUUUGGCAGCGUACGGGUUCUAACCACGUUCUAGUAAAUCUGGAUCAGAAUGGAUUCGCUGAAGACACCGGUGAUGCGAUUCUAGCCCAGACCACGUUUACUCGCAAUUCAUUCCGACCAGGCUACGACAUUGUCACCCCUCCAGUACUAGGUCCCCUCAACGUCGAAUUAUGGACGCGAAUUCCUCCUAUAGCACCGCCUAAACGAAAGUAUCUUUUUAGUUUCCAGGGAUUUUCAGCGACAAAAUCAAGCCUAUUAGAAACUCUAAAACAAUAUUUUUACAACAUGCGAACAGAGGUCAAAUACGACAAAAUUUAUGUAGAAUUCAACUGUGAAUAUGUUGACCAACUAUUUGAACGUACGAUUCGAGACUGGGCAUUAUGCUACACGCGCGAGACUAGAAGAAAACUGCUGAGAAAGUCUACUUUUGUGGUCAUAUUUGCUCCAAUAAAUACGACAUAUGAUUCAACGUUUUCAUUCCAAACGAGACUUUACGAGGCGUUAGAAUCAGGAGCGAUUCCUGUCGUACUCGGUGGGGAUAGGAUUCGUUUGCCAUUCGAAGAAGUAUUGGAUUGGCGGAAGGCAGUUAUUUCUCUGUCGAUAGUACGUGUCAAAGAGCUGCUCUUCUUGUUAAAGACCAUGACGUUAGAAGACAUUCUAGCGUUUCGGAGUCAAGGUCGCAUGUUGUUGGAGCGGUAUUUCGGUUCCAUGCAAACUGUUUUGGACACUUUAUUAGCAGUUAUCAGAAACAGAUUGAGCAUUCCACCACGGCCAGUAGCCUCGUUGUCUACGGGCGAAUAUGAUUACUAUCCUUCGAAUAAGACAAACAGAGUUAAGGCAUUUCCAUCAAGAAAUUUUAAGCGGAACUUCACAGUAGGUUUACUUAAUGGCUAUGAACAGUGGAAUGUUUGGGGCGAUCCAUUUGCGUUGUAUCCGCAGUUGCCGUGGGAUCCCAUGAUGACGCCGGAACCUCGCUUUGUGGACGAAGCCGUCGCAAAGCGGUUUCACAGAUCCUGCAAGAGUUUAGCGGGAGAUCGGCCGGUGGAACAGUUUACUGUUAUUAUCUUGACGUAUAACAGGACAAAAAUGCUGGCUAAAGUCCUUAAUGCGCUGUCUAACCUGCGAUUUUUGAAUAAGAUAAUUGUAGUCUGCAAUGGACCGGCUAAGCCUUCAACUAUCGAUUGGCCAACAUCUGGACCUCCUAUAGUAAGAGUACAUGGCUCUGGAAAUUCCCUGAACAAUCGCUUUCUUCCUUACCACCUUAUUGAAACUGAAGCAGUAUUUUGUUUGGAUGACGACGAUGCGCCGAAGCGAGAUGAAAUAUAUUUUGCUUUCAAAGUGUGGCGCGAACAUAGAGACCAAAUCGUCGGCUUUUUCGGACGAAAUUACGAAUGGGACGAAAAAGGGAAUGCAUUCGUAUAUUCAACUUUGUACAAAAUUGAACGGAACAUCGAAAACACAAUCCAAUGUGAAAUCAGCAUGGUCCUGACCGGAGCGGCGUUCAUCCACCGUUACUUCUUGUGGGCGUAUUGGCGUGUCUUGCCACAAGCUGUAAGAAGUUUCGUAGACGACCAUAUGAACUGCGAAGACAUUGCUAUGAACUUUUUGGUCUCGCACAUUACUAGGAAGCCGCCGGUGAAGGUGUCAACAAAUUUAUCAUCGAAACCAGAUAGCAUAAAAAAUGCCUAUGACAAAUUGUCUAACGAUAAAUUUCACUAUAGAGACAGGGACAAAUGUUUGCAAUUCUUUACAAAGGUAAUGGGCUAUAAUCCGCUGCUUACCACACAUUAUCGUGUGAAAUCUUUUGCCAAGAAGCCUUUGUAUAAACAGAUAUAAACUUCAAAGUUUAAUGGAUGUCGCCUUUUUAACCAGACUUCAAAAAGAGGUUCUAAAUUCGACCGUAUUUUUUUAUUAAUCCAUACGGAAGAUAAACUGCAACUGAGAAUAUAAUACAUACAUACCUAAAAUCAGGCCACUUUCCAGGAGGGGUAGACAGAGACUUCUUUCUCUUCAUCCACAUUCAUAACUUUCUUCAUGCAAGCUCGUCGGUUUCGGGUACUCUUGACCUGACCCUUUGCCAGAACACCCCAAUUUGAUCAAAGUACGCUCGUCUAGGCCUUCCCAUUCCAACAUUCUCAUUCACACUCUCCUUGUAAAUUUGCUUAGUCAAACUGCUUCAUUAAUCCUCUCCACAUAACUAAACCAUUUAAGAAUUCCCUAAUAAAAAAAAAAUUGUCAAAACUUUUUUUAGCUGUAAUAAAAUACAUUACU